AACCUUGAUAUUGGAAAUUGAGAAGUACGGCCGCCGUACUAAGGUGCAAUAGUUUUGCGCCACCGUUAUCUUUAUCCAGGUCAAUUAGAGACCGCUGAACCAUGAAACUGCGUUGACAUUGUCGCGUUCCGAGUGCGAUUGGUGAAUGCUUGUGCUUCGGACUGUGUGUGUAGACUACAAGCGGUGCAUGGUCGCGUGAGUGCACCGCCGCAGCGGAUGUGCACACCGCUGCCGACUUGGUGGUUUGUGCCGACUGGAAUGCCAGCUGCUCUUGACCUAACUAGGUACAAGAGCGGGGUGCGCUCAGUGAGGGGCGGGGGUGGGGGUGGCGGCGUCGGCGGCGCAGAAGAGGCGCGGCGCGGCGGCCUCAAGGCGCUGCCGAAACGCGCCCGCACUCGCUGCAGGGGUAUGAACAUGGGGCAAAAGUUGUCCGGCGGUGUCAAGACGGUGUCGCGCGAGUGCACGGCGCCGUUCAAGGCGGUAGUAGCUCGCGAACUGGCCCCCGAGCCGCCCCGGCCCGCGCGCCUCGACGCGCUGCUAGACGCGCCGCCUGCGCAUCCCGACACACAAUUAAAGCACGCCUGGAACCCAGAUGACCGGUCGUUAAACAUAUUCGUUAAAGAGGAAGACGUGUUAACAUUCCACCGGCACCCGGUGGCUCAAAGUACGGACUGCAUCCGCGGUCGUGUCGGCUACUCGCGCGGGCUGCACUGCUGGGAGGUUGUGUGGCCCGCAAGGCAGCGCGGUACGCAUGCGGUGGUGGGCGUAGCCACUGCGCAUGCGCCGCUUCACUCAGUUGGCUACCAGAGCCUGGUGGGAGCGACAGACCAAAGCUGGGGAUGGGAUCUCGGAAGAAAUAAGUUAUACCACAACGCGAAGGGCACGGGCGGUAGUGGCACCACGUACCCUGCAUUGCUGCGACCCGACGAGCAGUUCCUCGUGCCGGAUCGGCUGCUGGUGGUGCUCGACAUGGACGAGGGCACGCUUGCCUUCUGCGCCGACGGCCGCUAUCUCGGCGUGGCAGCACGAGGCCUGCGCGGAAAGACGCUGUAUCCUAUCGUCUCCGCGGUCUGGGGACACGCUGAAAUAACUAUGAAGUAUAUAGGCGGGCUCGAUCCCGAGCCGCUGCCGCUAAUGGAGCUGUGCCGUCGCGUGAUCCGCCAGCGCGUGGGGCGCGCGCGCCUCCGCGCCGCCGCGUCGCGCCUGGCGCUGCCGCCCGCGCUCACCGCCUACCUGCUGUACCGCGCGCCCUAGCCGCGACCGCCCGCCCCCCGCAAGCAGCCCGACACACACGCGCACACAGAGACUCCUUACCGCAGUGCCCGACCGACACCGGAUCGCAAUACAACACAUCGACUAAAACUUUUGAAGCCUCUCACGGUGCGGGGAACGCAUCGACUGAGCGAAGUUAACCGAGUGACCGGCGUCCGGCUUCUGCCCGACUUCGAUGAGAUUAAUGAUACUUCUGUGUCCGAGUCGUCACUCAUUCCAUGAACGAUUUACCGUAGUGCAAUGCGACAGAAUCUCAUUUGCAAGAAAAUAGCUCGUUUAAAGACUACUAUGGCUUCCAGUUCUCGAUCUUACUAGGGUCUGCUCUUCCUAUUAUUUUGAAAAAAAUAUCUUAGAUGCUAAUCACAAUUUGACGAGGCUUAACUGUAAUACAGGCUGAAAAACAAACCUAGCGAUCGAGAAAAGACUACACAAAAUCAGGUGUACAAAAUUUUGAUUUGUAUGACUUCUAAAAUGUACUUUUGCAAAAGCUAAAUGCUGAAUAUGUUAAAAAAUCAUCACUCAUAAAAACAAAGUAAAGAAAUCGAUGUACUUCGACUCCAUCUUAGAUAAUCUCAUUCGAUACAUAUUGCAAUAUUCCGAUGUGAAUACAAUGUUUUAUUUUUACACUAUCUGUGAUAUUUAUAUUUUAAAGGCAUUACCAACGUUAUCAAAUAGGGAUGCACAAACGAUGCAUUUUUAAGCAAAUGUCACUGCGUACGACCACGAUAAAUUAUCUUUUAAAGUUUGAAGGAGUUCCUUGUGAAUUGUUAUUAUUUAAAAUACGUGACGCUGCUACGUGGUGGGCGAAUAUGGUACUAUUCCGUUACCGAUAUUAUCAAUUUAUGGACGAUAAUAUUUAAGUUAGACGUGGCAGUAAAUCAUUACAAUAAAUUGUGUUAACAUUGAUCAGAUCUAAUGCAAGCCGCACGUUUUUAAAGCCAUAUUGAUCUCUUAUAGAAUAUGAUGUCUGCAUUGAACAUACUUAGUCGCUGCAGGUGAUCGUAUUUAACUCGUUAAGAAAUAUUUUAGAAUGAACAACAGCAAUUUAUACAUAACUCACGAGCCUCGGCAAUUAAUAACUAAUGUAUGAGAUGUCAUUGUUAUUGUAACAAUAGCAUGCGAGCAGUCGCCGCUCGUGUCAUAGGCCAGUGUAUCGUUGGCAAUCUUACAUACUAUUUUAUAGCUCAUUAAGUGACUGGUUUAUUUUUUAGUUUAGGAUUUUAAUUCCUAUUGUAAAAACGUGUGAUUGUGUGAUGUAUAAAUCUAUGACUACACGCCUUUUCUUAUGUUACUUGUAUGUCGUUCGGAAGAUAAUAUCGAAGAAAUUGGUUCCAAUAAAUGCGCUUCAAAAUCAAAGAGGAAUUUAGACUCUUUCAAACUAUUCUUCUCUGUAAUACCCUAUUCCAAUCGGACUAGGAGUAAAAGGAAACAAACUGUAGAUUUAUAAAUUGCUUGCGAUUUUCUUAUUUUUCUGCUGCAUUACGCACUUCACAGUUCUUGAUUAAUUUACCUUUAUUUAAAAUACAACACUACUCCACUGAACUAGUUAUUAUCACAUUAAUUUAACUUUCGAAUUUCCGAUUACAACUUAAC